CAUGCGGAGGUGGGCGUGGUUUAUAACCGAAGUGGGCGGGGCCUGCUGUGCUGGAAUGUGGCGGCGGCGACGCGGGCGGCGGCGGCCCAGGUGCUGAUCCCCGGCUGCUCCCAUCUCCUGACACCCCGCGCUGCCCAGGGCCCCGCAGCCAUGUCCACCUUCCGCCAGGAGAGCGUGGAGGAUUUCUAUGAGAUGGGAGAGGAGCUGGGCAGCGGGCAGUUUGCCAUCGUCAGGAAGUGCCGGGAGAGGAAGACGGGGCUGGAAUACGCGGCCAAGUUCAUCAAGAAGCGGCGCCUCUCGUCCAGCCGCAGGGGCGUGAGCCGCGAGGAGAUCGAGCGCGAGGUGAACAUCCUGCGCGAGAUCCAGCACCCCAACAUCAUCACCCUGCACGACAUCUUCGAGAACAAGACCGACGUGGUGCUCAUCCUGGAGCUCGUCUCCGGCGGGGAGCUCUUUGAUUUCCUGGCCGAGAAGGAGUCGCUGACGGAGGAGGAGGCCACGCAGUUCCUCAAGCAGAUCCUGGACGGGGUGCACUACCUGCACUCCAAGCACAUCGCCCACUUCGACCUCAAGCCAGAGAACAUCAUGCUGCUGGACAAGAACGUGCCAAACCCUCGCAUCAAACUCAUCGACUUCGGCAUCGCCCACAAGAUUGAGGCUGGGAACGAGUUCAAGAACAUCUUUGGGACCCCAGAGUUUGUGGCCCCAGAAAUUGUGAACUACGAGCCCCUGGGGCUGGAGGCUGACAUGUGGAGCAUCGGGGUCAUCACCUACAUCCUGCUGAGCGGAGCCUCCCCGUUCCUGGGGGAGACAAAGCAGGAGACUCUGACCAACAUCUCUGCUGUCAACUACGACUUCGAUGAGGAAUAUUUCAGCAACACCAGCGAGCUGGCCAAGGACUUCAUCCGCCGCCUGCUCGUCAAGGACCCCAAGAAGCGAAUGACCAUUGCCCAGAGCCUGGAGCACCCUUGGAUUAAGGUGAUCAAGAGGAGGAACGUCCGCAACGAGGACAGCUGCAAGAAGCCCGAGCGGCGCCGGCUGAAGACGACGCGCCUGAAGGAGUACACCAUCAAAUCCCACUCCAGCAUGCCCCCCAACAACACCUACAUCAACUUCGAGCGCUUCUCCAAGGUCAUGGAGGAGGUGGCCGCGGCCGAGGAGAGCCUCCGAGAGCUGGAGAGGAACAAGAAAUCCUUCCGGGAGGACAUCGAGGCGCUGCUCUCCAUCUACGAGGAGAAGGAGUCGUGGUACAAGGAGGAGAACGAGAGCAUCAGCCAGGACCUGCGGCAGAUCCGCCAGGAGCUGCACAAGACGGAGGCGCUCAAGAAGCAGGCGCAGGAGGAGACCAAGAGCGUGGUGCAGGCGGCCAACGGGCUGAGGCGGCGCUACCGCAAGCUGGAGAAUCACUACGAGGCGCUGGCCAAGCAGGUGGCCUCGGAGAUGAGGUUUGUGCAGGAGCUGGUGUGGUCCAUCGAGAGGGAGAAGCUGCAGAGCAGCGAGGGCGACGGCAGCAUCCGCUAAUCCGGGAGUUCCAGGGCUGCCCCUUGGGGGUUCCAGUGCUGCCCUUCCCUCCCUGGGGGCUUCCAGUGCUGCCCCUGGGGGUUCCAGUGCUGCCCUGCUCCCCUCCAGGGGUUCCAGUGCUGCCCCGGGGGUUCCAGUGCUGCCCUGCUCCUCCUGGGGGUUCCAGUGCUGCCCUGCUCCCC